UUGUCUUCCAGUCACAGUUCACCGGUUGCUUUCCAACAAUUAACACCAGCAAGGAGAAGCUCCUCUGCAGCAGUGCGAGAGAGUGGUAGUGUGUUAAGUGAGAUUUAAAAAGACUUUGCAAGGCAAGUCCCCAGUUCAGUGUGGUGUCCGCCGAGAACCCCGGAAGAUAUCCAACGCAAGAAAAACAGAAGCAGUCCGUCGUCGCCAGCGCAAGAUGAAGCAGUUUGUUGUGUUGUUCGCCGUUUUGGCCGUAGCGGUCGCCGCGCCCCAGUCGGAAACCGAUGGAUUACUGACCAGCGCGCUCAAGUUCGUCAAGGACUGCGGCGACAAGUCGAUGGUGCUAUGCGUCAAGGAACGUGCCUUGCAGUAUGUGGAAGGCGUCCAGGGUGACAUCGAGAUCACCGAGGGCAUCAAGCUGGUCGAAAUCGAGAAGCCCGCCACCGGAGGACGCUCGUUGAACGAAAUUGACCUGCCAGCCGAGCCGGAAGCCCGCGAAUCCGAGAUCGACAGCCUGCUCGUCGACCGUGCUGCCCGUUUCCUCGGAUCGCACACCCUGCAGUUCAAGGUCCCCAAGGACUCCAUUGAGGACAUGCAGCGCUCCCUGGAUGAAGCCCGUGGCAAGAAGAAGAAGGUCAAGAAGCUGCUCCUCCCUCUGCUGUUGCUGUUCAAGCUGAAGGCCGCCGCCCUGCUCCCACUGGCCAUCGGUUUCCUGGCUCUGAUCGCCUUCAAGGCUCUGAUCGUCGGCAAGAUCGCCCUGAUCCUGUCCGCCAUCAUCGGCCUCAAGAAGCUGUUCGACAAGAAGCCAGAGCAGAGCUACGAAGUGGUCGCCCACCCGCACUACUCGCACUCGACCUCCUUCGACGAUCACCACGGAUACGCUCGCUCCCUGGAUGCCCAGAACCUGGCCUACUCCGCUCACUCCCAGUAAGAGAACAGGAGCCGCUUGCCAUAAACAAGUUCUGUGUGUAGCGAGAAUUUGAGCCACCCAAACGAGUUCCCGAUUUCAACCAACCCCCUCAAAGCGACUGAAACACACCCUGCUCUCCUUUGACCCGGCCGGAAUCCUCCAGAAGGAACGCCCCCCACAUACACAUGAUACCCCCACCCUCUCUCACAUACACACACAAUCACUCUCACACAUAGUUAAGUAGGUUACAAUUCGCCGCGGUCAUCCCGAUGGAUCCCAAGGAACGCAAGCGCUCAAAGAGACAACCCCCGCCGGACGGCCUCAGCCCCUGGCGAAAGGGUGUGUUACAUGCUCAAACCGCCCCCCCCUAUUACCCCCACCCCCCUACUUGAAAACCCCCACCCCUCCCGCUAACAUGACCACUCUCUUAGAUUAAUUUAAUUUAUUUGCGAUGAUGCGAUGAGAUGCAGCAGUUGACGACGAAAAACGCGUAUUUAAUAAUUUAUUUUUGCUCGAGAAUAUUUAUUUUAGAGAUUAUUUGUUUUUAGGUAGUAAUUUUCUUCUUUCUCGAACCAGAAAACCUCAACAACUUCUGUCAACUCGUCUAGAUUUCUAUCGCUCUGUGUGACUAUAGCUCUUUCUUCUCAAGUGCCUCCUAACUCUUAAACAACACUGUAAUACCAAAUAAUGCUCACACACGAUCACGAUCAAGAUUAGAUUGACCUCCAGGCGAUUCCUCCGGAUUGUCGGACGAUUUAAGUUCGGCCCGUCCAGGAGUCUGCCGCCAAGCUAAACGUACUCGUGAAAUGUAAAAGUUUAUAUUAAACUGUAGUAGCGACUUCUGUUACGCGAAAAAUUAGUCCUUUCUUACUCUUAAAACUCUCUUUUUUUAAAGGAGCGGGAAUUGCCACCCGUUCCGGAACUCUACCAAAUCUACCGUACUCAAGAUAGCAUAUCUAACUCUUUUCUACCUCGGAUCUCCUCCAAGAGCGUCCUCCCUUCUGGGCGUAGCAUUUUCUCUCAAUUUCAAACUCGUUUAAAACUCCAAAUAACUGAAUUCUUCAUUCUCGAACGCUCGUUCUUCGCGUGUCUCUCCCCACUUUCACACUCUCACUUUCACUCUCGACGUUCUCUCUGUCUCAAUUCUCUUCUACUGCGCGUUCCCCCUUUUCAUUCGGUAAUCUAGCCUUCCUUCCCUGUUCACGCCGCGGAACGCGCCCUUUUGCGCCGGAAAGGAAAAAGCUUACAAAAUCUUAAAAACAAAUAUCUACACUGAACAAAAACGUCACCCCGUUUUGUAAGAAUGAUCUGUUCUGUUAUUUAUUGUUUAAAUUAUUGAAAGAAAAAAAAACACCCAACAGCAAAAAACUCAAAAGAAUGAUGAAAUAAACAAUAUGAAAAGUGAAAAUAUAAAA